AUGGCAGAAACUAUGACAUCGACGUUUAAUUUAUUAGAUACAAGUUCAAAAAGAACAUAUAAAAAGCAAAAAGAUGUCCAAGGGGAUGCAUCAACAAUUGCUUCGAGCAAGAAUUCAGUUAAUUCUUCGACAAACAACAGUAAUGAUUGGCAUCGAUUAUUAUUAACACGUCUUAGACCUGGUGUUACUGGAAAAUAUCGAAUGACAAGGAAAAAUGGCACUAAAUCAGAUGUAGUUCAACAAAUGAGAUAUCUACAAAAUCAAACAGAUUUCAUUGAAGACACCACAUUUCAAUUAUCCUCAUCGACUGAUGUUCUAUUUAUACCAUAUUCUGAACAAAGUAGAUCACCACAUCGUUAUAGAUCAAAAAAAAUAAGUUGUGUUGUUCCAUUACCACCAUUGAUGAAUUCUGCUAGAACGACACAAGCUCAUUUACAUGACAUUAAGUUAAAUCUAUAUGGAUAUUAA